AUGACACCGAAAGGAUUACCACAUUUUGCUGCCGGGACGAUUAUCAAGGGUUUCGGGCGUGGUUCGAAACAACUCGGCAUUCCAACGGCCAACUUCUCCGAGGAGGUUGUCAAUAAGUUACCGGAAUCUAUCUCUACUGGUAUUUACUUUGGUUGGGCUAAAAUACUAGGAAACAUUCACAAAAUGGUCAUCAGUAUCGGCUGGAAUCCUUAUUAUAAAAACGAGCGUAAAUCUAUGGAAACACAUAUCAUGCACAAAUUCGACGGCAAUUUAUAUGACAACGAAUUGAAGAUUGGUAUUGUCGGAUAUUUGCGUCCAGAGAAAAACUUUGAAACUCUAGAGGCGCUUAUCGCCGCCAUUAAUGAGGAUAUAGCCAACGCGGAUAAAUUAUUAGAUGAAGAACAAUAUGCCAAGUAUAAAAAUGAUGCAUUUUUUAAAUAACACUUAUUUUUCAGUUUUAUCAAUGCAUUUAAACAAUAUUUCUGUUUUUUGUAAGUUGUUAUGUACUUACAGGUUAAUAUGGGUUCAUAAAAAUAAAAAUAGACAUUUAAGUGUUUGUAGAACGUUUAUAAAAACACGUUUUUAAAAUAAAAGAGAUCAUAAAUUA